AUGGCUGGCCUCACGUCUCCCAAAAAGUCUCAGGUUGACCCGUCAUCACCCAAAGGCACGAAAGAAACAUUGCAGAAUGAGAGUGGCCUCUUGCCGCCGCAGCACUGGGGACAAUUGAGCGAGGAUAUCGACGACCGAGAUGAUGCUGACUCUACCAUCCCCGACAAUGCCAGCUCAACUGCGUCUCUGACAUCUAGUAUACUGAAAUACAGAACACUGCACGGCAGGCUGUACCAGAGUGAGAGGGGCAACACUGACUACUGGGGACCCAUCGAUGAGGCUGGACAGGAAGCCAUGGAUAUCAACAUGUUGACUACGCUGACUUGCACGGACACAAAGGCAGCUAUAGAUAUCGGAACAGGAACGGGUAUCUGGGCCAUUGAGUUCGCGGACCAAUUCCCCAAUGCCUCAGUAAUCGGAACCGACCUUGCCCCCAUCCAGCCAAGUUGGGUUCCCGCAAACCUUCAAUUCCAAAUCGACGACUGCACACAAGAGUGGACCAUCCCUCCUAAUUCGCUCGAUUACGUCCACAUGCGUUGGCUCGUCGGCAGCAUCGCAGACUGGACAGCCCUAUUCAAGGAAGCAUACAAGAGCCUCAAGCCCGGCGGCUGGGUCGAAACCUACGAGCCUUCUGCAACUGUCGAGAGCGAUGACAAUAGUGUUUUACCCGGAAGUGCGAUGAGCCAGUGGCAAAAGUUCUUCGUUGAGGGCGGACGCAAAAUGGGUCGUCCGUUCACUGUGUUUCAGGACGAGCUUCAGAAAAAGGCUAUGCAGGAAGCUGGAUUUGUUGACAUUGAAGAGAGAAACUUUAAAAACCCGGUCGGAGGCUGGCCAAAGGACCCCGAAGCACAAAGCAUCGGGCAGUAUACGCAGGCUACGCUUGAGCAAGACGGGAAAGGAACAGUGUUACACAUGGCGACCGCUCUAGGGUGGUCGGAAGAGGAAGUCACCGUCUUCAUCUCUCAUUUGCGUCGCGAGAUUAGAUCACCAAAGAUCCAUGCGUUCUUCAGGCAGAAGGCAGUCUGGGGACGAAAGCCUGAGACUGCAUGA